CAUGAAGAAAUCCAUGUAAAAGAAUUCUACAUGAUUAUCACUAUAAAUAGCCACACCAAUUACACCAAAAAGACAAUACAAGGUAAACUCAAAUUAAGCAAAUUUCAGUUAAGCAAUUACUAAUUGUCAUGGCUUCUCGUGCCCACAUCUUCCUUCAAAUCUUUUUCUUGUCGGCUCUUGCAACCACAGCUUUCUCGUUGUCUCCGGAUUACUACGCAAAUAUUUGUCCCGAAGCUUUGCCAACCAUCAAAAAAGUAGUGGAGGCUGCAGUGUAUAAAGAGCGACGCAUGGGUGCUUCUUUACUUCGCCUUCACUUCCAUGACUGCUUUGUUAACGGAUGUGAUGCUUCGAAUCUUCUGGAUCCUACGCCCACCAUUGACAGUGAAAAGACUGCUGUUGCCAAUAAUAAUUCUGCAAGAGGAUUUGAAGUGAUCGACCAAAUUAAGGCGGCGGUGGAUGAAGUUUGUGGAGGCCCUGUGGUUUCUUGUGCUGAUAUCUUGGCUGUUGCAGCUCGCGAUUCUGUAGUUGCACUAGGAGGGCCAUCAUGGGAGGUGCUGCUUGGGAGAAGAGAUUCAACCACAGCCAAUCGGACGCUAGCGAACCUCGACAUUCCAAGCCCAUUCAUGGAUCUCCCUGCAUUAAUCAACAACUUCAAAAACCAGGGUCUAAACGAGAAAGAUCUUGUUGCCCUCUCUGGUGGACACACCAUUGGGUUUGCACAAUGUAGAACCUUUAGGCAAAGAAUUUAUAAUGCAUCAAACAUCGACCCUGUCUUUGCAGAAGAGCGACAAGCAACCUGUCCACGCACUGGAGGAGACACUAACCUUUCUCCUCUAGACCCAACACCGGCACUCUUUGACACUGCGUACUUCAACAACUUGGUGAAGCAGAGGGGGCUACUCAUCUCAGAUCAGGCACUUUUCAAUGGCAGCUCCACUGAUUAUCUUGUAAAGAUUUACACCUUGUACCCUGAAGCUUUUUGGUAUGAUUUUGCUAGGUCAAUAAUUAAGAUGGGGAACAUUAAGCCUUUGACUGGGAACCAGGGACAAAUUCGGCUCAAUUGCAGGAUGGUGAACUAUUAA